AUGGAUGUAGAACCGACGACCGUACAGUUUGUGUCGCCGGACGCAGUCUCUAACGAGAGCAUCUUCGACGAGUACGCGGCGAAUCCUCGAUUUCAACAACUCCAGACCGAGCUGCGCUCGUGGUUGUUUGUAGGAGUGAGCAGCCAAGACAACACACGAGAAAACAGCCUUACACCAUCCAGCAACCAACAAGAAUCAUCAUCCGACGCAGACCAACGCAAACCGGGUUAUCAACUUCUCCAUGAGCACGUCCGAGAUAGUCACGACCAGAUAUCCUUAGCCCGAAAAAUCAAGUAUCUUCAUGUCUGGAUCACGGAUUGUGCGCCAUGGCUGGACAUGUUUGAUCAAGAACGACAUUUCGGUCUACAGGUGCCCAUCUUGUCGCAGCGAUCUGCGGCGGUGUUUCAUGCCCUGCUGGCGGUGGCUGCCCGCACGGCCGAACGACAAGGGGACAUUGAAGGUUCGCGUGACAGUCUGGAACUUUACUCGCAGGCGAUCUCGUCGUUGACCUCGUCGCUCAACAAUACCAAGGAAACCAACGUCGUGGUGACGGCGUGUCUGCUCUGCGUGCUCGAGAUGAUGAGUGUGAGCCCGCGUGACUGGCGACGACAUGUCGAGGGCUGUGCCGCGCUGUUUGCCUCGUCGCACAUCCACGGGUUUUCUGGCGGUCUGCUCCAGGCGGUGUUCUGGUGCUACGCGCGGAUGGACCUAUGCGGCGCUAUCAUCGCCGGCGGGGCCGAAAGCACCGUCCUACCCAUCCACGAAUGGGUGCUUCUCGACGAUGGGGCCGAACUCCUCAAGUCUGGGACUGCCAAAAACGCCGCCAUCGCCGAGGAGUUUCUAAGAAGGGGCACCCAAGUCCCCGAUAUGUACGCCAACUACGCCGUCUACUUGUGCGCCAAGGUCUGCGACUUGCUCUCACGCCGCACGGGGUAUCUAGAGCUUGGAAAAGACAACGGGUGUGAAGGCGAGACCUUCAAGUCCGAAUGGCGUCAGCUCUGGGAUGAAUUACAAGGAUGGUCCGCCCGACGACCCAUCGAGAUGAAACCCGUCAAAUCAACCAAAAGCAGCGACACCAACCCUUUCCCGCGGAUCUUUUUCGCCCAUUGGGCCGCCAUCUCGAGCAACCAACUCUACCACACCGCGUGCAUCUUGAUGCUCGAGUUGAGAAACGCUGAAAGCGACAAUAUCUGGCACCACACCGACCCGGCUUAUUCGGCCUUCUGGCAUGCUCGGAGGGUAGUCGGCAUUUCCCUGACGAACCCGCACGGUGGCUGUAUCAACAACGCCAUUCAGCCCCUGUACGUGGCGGGAAAAAUGUUCACGCAUCAAGAAGAGCAGUCGAUCAUUGUUGAGUUGAUUGAUUCAAUCGAGACACGGACGGGCUGGGGAUCACGAUGGCGUAUCAAGGAUCUCGAAGCAGUUUGGGGUUAUCGUCGGGAGACAUUCAGAUGA